UUGAAACUUGUUGCCAAUACUACUGCACUAGCCAAAACAGCUAGCACCGAGGAGGCUAACAUUCAGCCAGCAAGCAGUACAGCAGCAGCUGUAGCUCGUAAAGAAAAAACAAUAACUCGUGCUCCGUCUACAAAUCAAUGACAAGAGCAUCAAAUUUACAAAUAUGCUGCCUGGGUAGUGACUGCAAGUUGUCUCUUUCCACCCAUCUUUAUCCUCUUUAACGCAUCGUGAAGUUAUUAGUGAUCCGAAACGCUUGAAACUUAACUGUGAGGCAAUGGACCCAGAUAGGCUGAAGAGAAGAGAGGAAAUCCAGAAAGCAAUGAGUUUUAUUCAGUCUUCAUUGCCUUUCCCAGAGCCAGAGAAUUAUGAGGGUUUCCUGAUCCAGUUAGUGUGUAACCUCCUGGAUGAGGGGAACUCCUGCUUCCGAGAUGGCGACUACCGCCAAGCAACCCAACAGUACGGAGAAGGGAUCAGUGUUGCCCGUUAUGGCCAGGCUGAGGCCCUGGUCAUUCCCCUCGAUCUGCUGAAGAGUCUCUACGUCAACCGGGCUGCCGCCUUCUACCACAUUAGGGACUUUGAGCGUGGCGUUCAGGACUGUGAGAGUGCGCUGUUUGUGUCUGAAGGCAGCCGCAGGGCUCUCUACCGCAAGGCACUCUGCCUGAGGGAAAUGGGACGACUCAGAGAGGCCUACGAGUGCGGCACCAAAUGUCUGCUCACGGAACCACAUGACAGGCAGGUGUGUGAUCUGGCUCGGGAUUUGGCCAACAAGCUGGGCCUAAAGGGCCGUAAAGCCUACAUCAGCCAGACAGAGUCCACAACCACAGAGGGAGAGAGUCUUGGAGAGACAUCCCCACCCACUGGAGAGCUGUCCUCCAAUGGGAUGGAAUCUCUGGGUGACAUGGGACCAGCAGACCUGUCUAAUGCUCAGUGCAUCCCUGCACCUCUGGCGACGCCCAUCCCCGUCAGUGACGAUCCCUCAGUCCUGACACCGUGCACAGAGCUAACCGAAAGCCCCGGUAGCCAGUCCCUUGCGCCGAUGCCGUACUCUGUGCCUGUGUCUGAACAUAUGGACGAAUGCAGCAGCGUAAUCAAGGAUGAGAUCAACAGUCUCCUGGAAUGCAUUCCCAAGAAAGUCAGUGAGGGUCCAGUAGGCGCCAUCCCCACUAAUCUUCCAAACACAGCAGUGGGGCUACGUCCUCCUUAUUCCCCCAACCUCCCCGCCCCAUCAGCCCAGCUCGCCCCCACCUUCUUCGGCUCCUCCAUCAGUGACCUUCCCCCUCUAGAGGCUUACUCGCCGCUGGCCCAGCGAGACCAGGACUCUGCCCAAGCGCAGGACGCUCUGGGAGGCUUCGCAAGCGGAGCCAUGGAUGGAGAGGGGAAAACUGGAGUCAUUUCUGGUGGACUAGACUCUUUAUCAGAGUACACUCUCCCUGGGGGACGAGUGUGUCACAGCUUCAUCCCUGGGAUGCGCAACCACGGCUCUGCACAAGCAAAUGGUCCAGCAGGAACAAACCUCUCAAUGCUGUCCAGGAAUCCUCUGGCUGGUACACACGAUUUCCGUCAGGCCUGUCAUGCCUGUUACAGUCGAAUAGGACCGCGGGUCAUGGACUACAAAUAUCAGCCAGAAGCAGCACAUCGAUGCAAAAGGGAUGUCCUCCUGUGUCGCCUGAAAAGCACAGAUGACCCCACCUGGAAGAGGAUUCGCCCCCGGCCUGCGCGGAACAACUUCUUAGGGGCCUUUGUACUUUGUAAAGAAGUGCAGGAACGCCAGGAGUGCCAAUAUGGUGAGAACUGUACCUUUGCAUACUGCCAGGAGGAAAUUGAUGUAUGGACACAGGAGCGGAAGGGCGCACUGAGCCGAGAACUGCUCUUCGACCCUCUGGGGAGCACGGAAAGACGCGCACUCAGUGUCACCAGGCUGCUGCAGCUCCACAUGGGCAUGUUCAUGUUCCUCUGUGAGGAAUGUUUUGAUAGUAAGCCCCGUAUCAUAAGCAAGCGCAGCAAAGAAAACUUGGCAGUUUGUUCCAACCUCACAGCUCGACACCCAUUUGAUGACAAUAAGUGCCUGGUGCAUGUGGUGCGGUCAGCAAACGUGCGCUACAGCAAAGUGCGCCCUCUCCACCCCCUUUGCCAGUUUGAUGUCUGCCGCCACGAGGUUCGCUACGGCUGCCAGCGUGAGGACAGCUGCUCUUUUGCCCACUCUGUCAUAGAACUCAAAUGUUGGGUACUUCAACAAGACACAGGCAUUACCCAUGAAGAGAUGGUGCAGGAGUCCAAAAGACAUUGGCAGAGACUAGAGCAGAAUGCACAGAAGCAACAGAAGCCCAUCCAUUUUCCCCACCCAAGCAGCAGCAUGCCUGUUGGGGGAAUGGGGGUUGGAGCAGGCGGCGUCGGAGGAGGAGACGGCGUCGGCGGGGGUGGCGUCCCUUCUCUGGGAGGGCUGGGUGUAGGAGCACUAGGAGGCGGCGCCGGGCGGGGCCGUUCCCUCAACCUGAAAAUGAAGUUUGUGUGCGGCCAGUGCUGGCGAGAGGGACAGGUGAACGAGCCUGACAAGAACCUCAAGUACUGCACUGCCAAAGCACGACAUAGCUGGACAAAGGAGCGGCGAGUCUUGCUGGUGAAAUCCUUUGAGAAGAAGAAAUGGGUUGUUGUUCGACCUCUCCCCUUCUCCCGCACCUAUCCACAGCAAUAUGAUAUGUGUGUACACGUGAUGAAGCAGAAAAAAUGCCAUUAUAUUGGCAACUGCUCGUUUGCCCACAGCCUGGAGGAGCGAGACGUCUGGACGUACAUGAAAAACAACAGUUUGAGAGACAUGCAACAGAUGUACGAGCUGUGGCUGCAGCUUACCAAUCAGAGUAGGCGCACAGACAAUACUGCAGUGACCCCACCUCCAGAGGACAAGCAGGUCACCAUAACAGCGGACUACAGUGAAAGCAUGGGUGGCCGGCGGUUGUCGGACGGGGAUGAUCUCUGAGAGCGCAUCGUCGCAGUGUUGCCGACGGUGACCGGAGACCGACCAGCCGGCCGCACCGGCUUCAAUUGAGCAGCCCGUCAUCUCAGUUGAUCUCUUGCCUUGUGGGGCCUGAUGUAAACACAGCACGCACAUGAACACACACUCACACAUUUACACAACACGAGCCACAAAUCUCAGCCAUCAAUCACCUCUUUGAAGAAGCUUUGUUUCCUCAGUACCUCGAGGUUCCCCCUCUGUCAGAUUGUACUGCAGGACACAUUUAUUGUUGACUAAAGUAAUAAUCAUGAAGUACAUAGGACUGAAAGUGCGUGUCCACCAGACACCUCC